AUGUUACGGUUUAUCAGAAAAACUUUUGACCAUUCACAAAAUUUAUUAAAUACAACCAACAGAAGUAUUGUCAGCACAGUUCCUAAUAAAGAAGUAAAGGAAUGGAAAAUUUUUAGCCAACCAAAUAAAUUGCCUCUCAAUUUCGGAACUUAUGGUAUUCUUGUUUUGAACAGACCAAUAUUGGUUUCCCCUAAUAUUGUAAGCUCAUUAUGGGAUGGGGCUAGUUGCAGAAUAACUGUUGAUGGAGGAACCAACAGGUGGUUUCAUUUUUGUGAGCAACACUGUCUUGAUCUUCCUUUACCUACGUGUGUGACUGGAGAUUUAGAUUCGAUACACUCAGAAAUACUCAAUUUUUGCAAAAAACAGAAUGAAGUAUCUAUAUUACACACACCCAAGCAAGAUUGUAAUGAUUUUGAUAAAGCAUUAAAUGUUUUACUUGAAAUUUGUCCAGUUAAAUUGGAUUCCUUCAUUGCAAUUGUAGAGCAUUCUGGUCGACUGGAUCAUACAUUAACUAAUAUCAAUACACUUUCACGUACUCCACUGCAGGGUUUUUUACUCUCUGAAUCAGAAUUAACAUGGCUUCUUCGCCCUGGUUUCCAUCGAAUUCUCAUACCAGAUUACUUAUGUAACAAAGAAGAAUGGUGUGGGAUAUUACCAUUUUCCUCAUCGGCCAAUGUCACAACAACUGGAUUAAAGUGGAAUCUGAACAAUUCACCAAUAGAAUUUGGCAAAGUCGUUAGUUCGUCUAAUACCUAUGAUGGAAAUCCUGAAGUCCAGUUAACCACAGAUGGUACAGUCAUCUGGACUAUGAGUUAUGGAAAAAAACAGUUUCCAUAA